GGUGUAUAAGACUUCUUCAACUUCAACUUCAUUUUCAUAAUAUUAUUGAAGAUACGUCGAUAUAUACAAUCUCUCUUUCUCGCUUCUCUCUAUCUCUCUCUCUUUCUCUACCAUGGCUAGGGUUUUUCCUCAAGCAGCCAUCUCUUCACCGUACAUGAGUACGGAGAGAGAGACUUUCACGGUUUGGAUGAAAUCUCUGGUUUACCAAACCAACGGUUUAACCGUUUACAAUUCCAACGGAGAGAUCACCUACCGAGUCGAAAACUACGACAAAUCUAGCAAUGAAGUCCACAUCAUGGAUCUCCAUGGCAACAUUCUUUUCACCAUCCGCAAGAAGAUCAUAGACACCAAUGGAGAUAUCAUUGCACAGGUAAAGCCAAAGCAGUCAUCAAAUGGGAUUACACUGGGAGAAGAUGUGUUAACUUUGGAAGUGAAACCACGUGUCGAUCACUCACUCGUUGUGACACUUGUCACUGUAUAUGGAUUGAUUAAAGGAGUAGUCUAAUUUUUUUUUUUUUUGAAUUUAAUAGAAAAAGUUAUACACAAAAUAGUAAAAAAAAUUCCAAUCUUGUUUGUGUUGUGGACUUGUGGGAGAUGUAAAUAUAUCUUUUUUGCAGUGUGAUCAUAAUUAGAACAAAAAUUAGUCAGCUAACUCGAUUUACACA